GUGAGGAUGCCGGAUACUUGCCAGGGUCCAGGCCGGCCCGGCCCGCUGGUGACCCUGAACGUCGGGGGCAAGGUCUAUAGCACCACCCUGGAAACCUUGACUCGUUUCCCAGACUCCAUGUUGGGCGCCAUGUUCCGAGGUUGCCAACCGGCCCUCCUGGACAGCUGUGGGAACUACUUCAUCGACCGCGAUGGCAAGACUUUCCGCCACAUCCUGAACUUCCUCCGUUUCGGCCGUCUGGACCUGCCGGAUGGCUACGCAGAACUCUCCCUACUGAGGGCCGAGGCGGAUUUCUACCAGAUCCGUCCGCUCCUGGAGGAGCUGCGGCGGGUUGAGGCGGAGCGGUGGCGCCGGCAGAGCAACGCGGUGCUCCACGCUGAUGUGGCGGUGACCUCACGCCGGCUGCAUUUCAACGUGCGCCGCGGGCCUCAGAACUACGAGCUGAGCUCAUGCACGGUGGAGGUCUUCACCGCGAACGUUUUCUGCACCGACCGGCACUUCCUGGCUGGGCUGCGGAGACACCUGGGUCGCCGUGAGGGUGCCAGCGGGAAUGUGGACAGACAGGUGGAUCCGUCGCCAAAAGAAUCGGGCUUUCCCAAAACUCAGGCAACCCUCCGGGAAGCCGGAGGAUGGAAGCAAUGGUCGACCAGCCACCAGAGAAUUUGUCCGGACGACUCUGCGGACGAAGACACGGCGACGGAUGAUGAGACGCUGGACGGUACUCCGGAAGGGUCCGGCAUGGAAGCUGCCAUGAUGUGCCACCACCUGUGCUUGGAGUGGGCCCCGUGCCCAGCCGGGCUGCCAGCCGCGGAGUACACCAAACAGAAGUUCCACCGGCUACGGGUGGAUGGCCGUGAGAUCCGCUCCUCCCACCAGUUCCUGGAGGAGGUGCUGAAGGUGGCCUUGGCGCAGGGCUUCCGGGUCGAUUCGAUCUUCCCGGAUCCGGCCGAUAUCCUGAAUGCCCGUUCUUUGCGUUUCGUGCGGCAGUGAAAGAGCUCAGUCAAAUGUCGGGGGCAGGGAGGGGGAGCGUGGAGGCAGCCCGGAGCAGCCGACGCUACCGCGAGAAUGGACCGAGAAGGUAAGCAGGAGCAUCUGUGGGAAAUGGCGGAAGGGUUUCCUGCCUGAGC